AAAUAAACAACAAGGAAAAAAUAAUGGGAAUGUUGUGUUCAAUGUUGUGUUGUCUGCGAUUGUUUUGAUGAUACAAAAUGGUUGAUUGAAAUAUGAUAAUAGCGACAAUGAUGGAAAAAGUACGAUAAUCAAGUAGAAAUGACGACCACAACGCCUGCCAACAGAUUCGCAGACUAUUUCGUCAUUUGUGGAUUGGAUGUGGCGUCAGGAUUGGAACCCGACCGCUUGUCAGGUGACCACCUUCACUGCCCUCCCUUGGAGCGUCCAUACAAGUCUAAAGUUCUUGCCCAUUACCCCGAGUCUGUCUCAUGGAACCCAUUCGACAAAGAUGCUGUUGGAAUGCUCUGCUUCCCAAAAGGUUUGACGUUCAGAACCCAGAGACAUGCUCGUGAUGCCAAGUUCCACUCGUUCAUCAUCACCCGUGAAGACGGAUCUCGCAAUUUUGGUUCAGCCUACAUUUUCUUUGAGGAGGUGACCAACAAACGAAUAUGUUCGGCCAUGAAGACACUGCAGACCAUGUAUCUCCUGGACACGGGCCAGAGUCCGAAAGAUUCCUCGCACUCUGACUCUGACGACAGCCCCAUCAUGAUGAAAACGAUAAUUCCACAGGGAGAGGGCAAGAAGACUUUUGAGGCAGAAAAGGACAAACUGUAUGUGACAAAGUGCAUCUGUCUGAUGACACAGUUACCAUUCGUGAGAGCGUGUAGGAACUUUCUCAAACAGAUGCAUGAAGCUGUGGCGAAGUCACCUCAGCCGUCUCUGCCACUGGAGAGCUAUAUCUAUAAUGUACUGUACGACGUGCCGCUUCCUCCGCCAGGGAGAAGCAUGAAGUUCUUUGGAGUGUCCAGCCCUAUUGUUUGUCAAAGACCUGGUACCAAUGAACUUCCAUUGUUUGACUUCUCGCUGUGGGAAUUUUUUCGCAAGUUGGGAACAGACAAUGUGUUAAAAAUAUUUACUUGUGUUAUGCUGGAACAUCAGACAUUACUUUAUUCUUCAGAUUACAAUAAGUUGAUGCUGGUAGCCGAGUCUAUUAGUGCGCUGAUGUUCCCUUUCACAUGGCAGCAUGUAUACGUCCCCAUCCUGCCUGCCUCUCUACAGCACUUCCUGGACGCCCCGGUUCCCUUCAUCAUGGGGCUUCAUCGGGGUGAAGAGGGCAGGUCGGAACUCUUGCGAUCCUGUGAGGGAAACAUGUGUUUUGUGGAUAUUGAUGACAACACAGUUGAGGUCCCAGAAGACGUUCCUGUUUUCCCUCACCGGGAAGAACUCAGUGAAGAGUUAUGUGCCCUUAUCAAGAAGUACAACCGUAUGUUUAACAAGGAUGUACAGACGAGCAACCGGAGUUACCCCGGCACGCCAAAGAAGGACAACAGCAAUAAAGUGGCUGGCCAGCUGGACAGUGGAACUGGCAGUUGGCCCAAUUCACCAAAGAAAAUGGAGAUACUUCAACAGAGCGAAGCGUGGAUGAAAAUCUCAAAUCUUGCCAAGAAGACCGGUGUCUGGGACUCGAUCGAAGAUUUUGCCGACGAUGUGUCGUUGAAGAAGGACAAAGCGGCAAAAGAUUCUAAAGACCCAUCUUUGGUUCCUGUUUCAGAAGUGGACGAUCUCAAAUUUAGCAACGCCGUUCGAGAAAUAUUCCUCAACCGUUUUGUGCACAUGUUCUCGUCGUAUGAGGCGUUUGUGAUCCAACCAUCACAGGACAUGGAGGCGUGGCUCAACAACCGGGAGUCAAUGCAGAUCUUCGACAAGGCGUCGUUCCUCAGCGACCAGCCUGAGACUCACCUGCCAUUCUUGUCGCCGUUCACCGAGACGCAGAUGUUCACGACGUUCGUCGACAACAAGAUCGUGUCGCAGUGGGAGGAGACAGACCCCUACCUGCGCGUGUUUGACGACAGGAUUAAGAUGAUCAACGAUGAGCCCGGAGACCCCAGGACGCCUACGUAUAGUCAGUGUCCUUCAUUCCUUAACACAGAAAUGAACAUCGAGAAGAGAUCGUCUUUCAUAGACCAUACUGCCAGCAAGCCAGCGUCGCCCCCUGCUGGACAGUUCGAACCGGCCACCGUCCAGAUGGGUUUCUUCCCCAUCCUCAACCAGGAUAUUCUCAACACAGAGCCUAGCUGCAACAAGUCCAAGUCCCGUGAAAAUGCCAAGUGGCGGAAAAAGGACCGGAUUCUACAGCAUGCUGAACACCUUCAGCUAAGUUCUGACCAAAGAGAGUCUACCGCGGCUGAGAGAAAUGCCAAGCAAUGGCUUAGAUAUCUCCAAGAAGCAAAAAUCAAAAGUCUUCGACAACCCAAAUUGUCUGACAUGUCAGCUCAGGGAAUGGUGCAGACCAACUGGAAGUUUGUGGAAACUUUACUAAAGGAGUGUAAAACAAAGACAAAGAAGAUGUUGGUUGAGAAGAUGGGUCAGGAGGCGGUAGACCUGGGUCACGGGGAGGUGCGGAUCACGGGGGUGGAGGAGAACACCCUCAUAGCCAGCCUCUGUGACCUGCUCGAACGUAUAUGGAGUCACGGACUCCAGACUAAAAAGGGAAAAUCUGCUUUGUGGUAUCAUUUGUUGAGUUUCCAAGAAAAUGAAGAUGUUGAUAGUAACAGAUCAUCAGAUGUAAAAGUUCUAACCCCUGGUCCACUGAAAAGGAAUAGUCUGAUAGAUCUAAGCUCUCUGAUGGAUGGCUCCAUCAAAAUAUUGGGGCGCUCCAUAUCAUGGAGUAAUCUUUCAUCCAUGACCAUUGACAGUGAUAAGUCGGCUACAUUAAAAACACACAGAAGGAAAGGAAGUCAAGGAAGAAUUGAACUGCCUAUUCUAAAAGCCUUACCCAAGUCUUUGCUUCAUGACAUGAGAAUUGUGCAGCAGAUGACAAACAUAAAGACAGAAGUGGGGUACUCCAGGGCAUGGGUGAGAUUAGCUCUAGAGAAGAAGAUGUUGUCAGCACAUCUCAAGGAAUUACUACAAGAUAGUGUUCUUCUCAGGCAGCUGUAUAAGCGGUAUGCGUUUCUGAGGUGUGAAGAUGAGCGGGAACAGUUCCUCUAUCACCUUCUGUCACUGAACGCUGUCGAUUUCUUCUGCUUCACAAACACCUUCACUAACAUAGUUGUUCCAUAUCGGUUGUUAAUUUAUCCCAGCACUAAGUUUGGCUGUGGUACGACGAGUGCAACUCCCUGGGUGUCUAUAGCCGGUCAGCUCGGGGAGACCGGGGUCAUCGAGAUUCAGAAGGGAUGUCUCGAUCACUGUGUGGACAACAAGAACCUGGGUGUUUUGACAACAUUGAGAAUUGGCCAUGACAACAAUGGUAUGACUCCCCGUUGGCUUGUGGAAUAUGUCCUAGUCCGAAAUGAAAUCAGUGGCCACACAUACAGGUUUCCCUGUGGACGUUGGUUGGGGAAAGGUGUGGAUGAUGGUAGCAUAGAACGACUUCUUGUGGCUGAACUUGUUCACCAGACUUCAGACAAUGAUGAUGUCGUCACUUGUCACACUCCACCAAGAAGUAGGUCGCCCAGUUCGCCACGCAAAUCAUGUGAUCAAGUUAUUCCAAUAUCAUCAAUUCCAGAGAUUCAAGAAAACUUAGGACAUGCUGUGAACAAUCUAGUCAAAUACUUCUAUAAGCCAGAAAAAGAGCGAGGCAGUCUGUCAUUUCUGUUGUGUGGAGACCAUGGACUGGUACAGUGUUUAGAAAGUGUAUUUCUGUGUGGAUUCCGGUCGUCACGUCUCUUCAGAAACAAGAUGUUUAUCUGGGACUACUUUGAAAAAGUAAAAACGAACUUUGAGAAUUCCCUUUCGGGAAAUGUUCGCCGUCCUAUCCCCGAGGUUGCAAAGGCUGGAUACUGGUUGUUCUGUAACCUGCUCAACAAGAUCAAUGCUGCUACAGAAACGAUUGGCAAAGAUGGAAAAUUUCAGAUCUUCAUCUGUGUGGGAGUCAGAGAUCACUGUCUGCACCGCUGGCUUCCGUUGAUGGCCAACACGACGGUGACCGGUCAGAUGUACGAAGAGAACUCGUUCCUGCGCGACCCCGCACUCACCAAGUUCCUCGUCCACAUUAUCAACACACUCAACGAGUUCCCCAUCGUGCUCGAACCCUCGGUUCUCCGGGGACUGGAGAUGUGAUCCGUGCUACUCGCUAUCUCUUUAUCUGUCGGGCCAACCUUAAAACGUGUGCUUUACUGUAAGCCAACCCCACAUUUUAGUAAUGGGUUUGACAUGCCAUGAUUUUAAGAAAAAUUGGAUUGCAUAACCAAGCCUGGUACUUAUAAAACUUUUAGAGAGUGUAGACUCAGGACUCUAAAAGAAUCUGAUACUUUAAUGUCAUAACAGUGCCAUACAAAGUGUAUGUGUGUGGUCUCAUUAAAGUUUGAGUCUGGACUCUUAAAAAGUGUUAUAAGCAUGGGCCCUGACAUGCAUUUUAGUGGUUAAGAUUUUUAUCGAAUUGUGUUCUGUAUUUUAGUCAAAAAAGGAAAAGGAAGCAGAAUUUAGGGUCUAAUAAAAGUGAUGUGAUUUUUACUUUUAUAAGCCUAAUAGGUUACAGUACACAGUAUGGGACUGUUGGGUUACAACAAAUAUUGUGGGCUAAAUUUACGAAGCCUGUUUGUCUUAAACACAGGUGUUUAAGCAUUGUAAAUAUAUGUAGUUACACAUGUGUAAGACAUAAACAGGCUGCGUAAAUUUGGCUCUGUAUUUUUAAGGUUGGUUUCAACAUGUCAACUAGUCUCUUUUCUUUUCUUGUUGCAAUUUAACAUUUAUCGAUGUCGAUGCAAUAAAUUGAGUUGUUUGUGUAUUUAUGUUAUUUUAAAAAUGAUCUUCUGUAUGUACAUACACAUCUAUGUUAGACAACGAGGACAUUAAGCAUAACAACAACAACAACAAAAAAACAGUGUCAGCAAUAUAAAAACAUUUGUUGGUAAUUGCAUGACCAACUUUAAUUUGCCUUAGCCAAAGAAAAUUCAACAGAAUAAAAAGCUUGUUAAACAUAGUAUUGUUGGAUUAUCAUUUUGACCAGUUUGUUGUAUUUGUCAAAUUUAACAUUAUUUUUCAUUUGGUAAAACAACAACCCCAACUCCUGUAAAAAAUGCAUCUAUUUAAUCUGCCAGUUUGUUGAGACAAAUGUUUAUCAAAUGUGAUGUGCAAUUUUAUUAUUUUCAACAAACUUGUACAACUAGUUAUUUAACCAUAUUUUGAAAGAAAAACAUUUCAAAAUUGAUUUAUUACAUGUCAAGGAUUGUUGCUAGAAUUAUCUUUCAUUUGUCUCCCUAUUUUCUACUUGAACAUCUCAAUUUGAAAAAAAAUGUAUUAUAUAAUUUUGUUUUUUAAUAGUUAUCUCCCAUGUUAUUAUUUUUUCAACAAGUAUUACAAAUUCGAUACAUGUUGCAUUAAUAAGUCAGAUUUCUUGAUAUGUGGGUCACUUUGAAAGUAAUAUUGGCAUUUUGUUUUGUUUUGCUUCUGUAAUUGAUAUUUUUAAUAUUUGCAUUUGCAAAGUUUAUGAACCCAUGUCCAUGUGAAUUUGCUUGCAAAUUAUCUCCCCUGUGUGUUUAGAAGUGCAAACAUUACUCAGUGAUAAAGGCUAUUAAUAAAAGUAAACCAAAUUAUCAGUUGCUUUUUAAAAUUCAAACUGUGAUUGAGGUGUGGCUUCAGAAUUUAAAAUAAUGUGCCUCGGUCACUUGUUAUGUUCAUGGACAUAUAGUUUGAUUUUAAUAUGGGUGGGAAAAACUUUGAUCCUUAGUGCUGGGUUAUUUUGGGGGGUUUUAAGGGUUUUAAAACUGGCAAUACAUGGUGUGUUUUGUUUUUUCAGGAUUUUGUAACCAUUUAGUACCACCUACCUGCCUAAUCAUUAAGUCAGUUGCAGCUCAGUUUUGAUAUGUAGAGAGCUAUUCACAGAAUAGUAUUGAUGUCUAAUGACUUCGGUAUACAUCUGCCAAUCAUAGAAAAGCUGUGAUGUUUGUGGAUGCAGGGGCAUUAAACAUAUCGCAGGAGAGCUGUCAUGAUAUUUCUUUAGUUUUUAAAAUGUUCAUUCUUAUAUUCAUCUAAAGUUCAAGCUAUCUGGAGCCAAUUUCACAAAACAUUGACAGUGCAUCUGUGACUUUCCGUUAUAUCUGAUGUACAUUUACAAGUGUUUGGCAUUUAUUUCAUGCAGAAGAUGGAGCUUUGUAAUGAUGAACGAAAAUGAAAUAUGUAAACUUCAAACUAUAUUAGUUAUACUACGUAUUAGUGUCGGAUUAACAACAUAGCAGAUGUAGCAAAUGCUAUGGGCCACAUGCUUUCAGGGGUCCCACCGAUCAACUUGUUUAUUUUUGUUGCUUAUAAGCUUAUGGUAGUGUGAAGGGUGGAAGGGGCAGGUGUAAUAUGCUACUAAUUUGCUAUUGGCCAUGCAGCUGCUUAAUCCAGCACUGCUAUUAGUAGUGAUAAGAAAAGUGGUUACUUGUCGAUUUAUGUUUGUGCUAAACUAUAGUCCUUCCCAGCCUCCAUGAACAUUGGGGUUUUUUUUGUUAAUAAUUUCAGUUUGGUUUGACAUAAGAAGAAAAGUAAAAAGUGUUUUGCAAAUAACAAAACCCCCAUUUUUUUGUGUGUAAUUUAGAAAAUAAUCUGUUCAGAAUUAAAUAACUUAUACUAAACUAAGAAAACGACGUACCCUGGUGAGAAGGACUAUAGGUUGACAAUGUUUUGUGAAACUGGUCCCUGUGUUCAGGGCAAAGGCUAGCGAGAGAAUGUGGUGUGGUAGUUUACACAUACAUACACACCUACUAGCCUUUAACUAGAUGGCUUAAUCUUGCAGAUAUUUGGUUAAAGUUUAACAAUUCAGUAGAGAAAACAACAAGUACCAAAGAAUUGACAACAGAUGCUUGUUUUCAGUGAAUAGUGUAAUGUGUCUGAUAUUUAGUCAAUAUUACAAUGGAGACACAAAUUUACUUGUAUAUGUACAUAGACUUUUUAUUUACUUUAUGUUCAUGGUAUAUCUUGUCCAUCGUGCUAAAGAUGUUUCCCCAUAUUUAUUUAUUAGGAAAACAAAUUGCCCCAUUUAGUUCUAUCUUAUGUUUUGCUUCACUUAUUUAUUUCUCAACUAUAGGCAAGAGUAGGAUUUAACAAGUGUUUUGGGAGGGAAGGGGCAUGCCGAUUUUUUAUCGCUGUCCAUUCUUAAGCAUUAAUGAAUACAAUUUUCAUCCAAAAUAGGGUGUACCCCUCUUUCUCCCCCCCCCCCCUUUCCCAUUUUAACUGCCUCCCAAUUCUGUUUUAGCAUUAAAAUUUUGCCUUUCCUAUUGUAUUUUUUCCAAUUGCUGUUUUCUGUAUUUAGAUUUAAUUAAUGGAGACAUCGAAGUAGCUUCACUGAAACAUUUUAUGCCAUUAGGAGUUAUUUGCGGUUAUUUACACAUAUCAUCCAUUCAAAUUUAUUAAAGUAUCUUCGGAACUAGUCCUAUGUGUAUGGUGUUUUCACCCACUCGUUCUGCGUAGCUCUAAAUUACGGUGGAUUUUAAAAGUGGGAAUAAAACUUUAUAAAAUAUAUUCUGACUGUUAUUAAAAUUGUAGAUGAGCAUUCCCUACAAUUUUUAUCAGUAAUAAUUCGGAGAGAAAUUAUGUUUAUUUAUCAGUAUGUUACAUGUAUAACUAUCAAGCUUGAAUUUUGAUUAAUAUUUGAUUAAACAAAAAAUUGGCUUUUGAGACCUAAACCAUUAUUAAAUCAUAGCUUUGGUUUGCAAUAUAUAUUUGUUUCCACAAAUUGUUAAAUUGGUGUACUUCCAUUUGGUAAGGCCUAAAACCAACAGUUCUGUUUCUGGCCUCAUGACCGAAUCAGUUUGUCUCUAAUUUUAGACCUAACCAUUAUAUUUCAUUUUACUUGCCACACAGCUGUGAUAUGCCUGUAGCAGGUCUUUACAAUUACUGUGUAUAUAAUUCUCUUAUAAAUUCACUGUAAGAACUGAAGUGUUGUAAUUGUUUUCUGUACAGAUGAACAUAUGACGCUACUAUGAAUGCUUAAUUAGUGCAAUGUUGAAAAAUGUAUUGGUGUAUCUUGAACAAACAAUAUUUGGAAAGAGGAAAAAACAACAACCUAUAUACCAAUUUGAGUUGACCACCUCAACAAAAUGGAUUUAGAAUAAUACAAUAAUGUAUGGAUGAAAAGAUUAAAAAGAAAACAUUUUCCCAAAUAUGAACAAGAAUUCGUAAACAAACGAGUCAGUCGAAUACUUGUAUUGGGCUUUUACAAAGGAUUUCACAAGUAGAUUGUUAGAAUAACUGCAUUAUGUAGGCUUCAUUUUGCAGGCUUUUUUUUUCUAAAUUGAAAAGAUAAUGGGUUUUCAAUAAUUAAAGUGAAAUUACAAUUUAUUUAUAUCCAUUAGAAUCGUCUAUUUUCCUCUUAUUAUUAUUUGGUCAUUCUAAUGAAAGGCGACACAAAUUAACCAUUUUCACCGAGUACUUUACAACUAUCAAGUUCACUUCAGAUCUCUACUGAAUUAAAACACAUCCGUUUAAACCACGUAAGCAUUACAGAGACAUACUUACUGCCUUUUUUUAAAAACAUUAAAAUAACACCUCCUGUAAAUAAAGUUUAUUGCUAAUCAACUUUUUGUAUGUUUGUAUGUUAUCUUUAUAGUUUGGUUCAGAUAUUGGUUGUAUAUGAAUAGUGGAAUAAAAACUUGUCCAAACCUAAAUGCUUUUCAAACACCAGUGAAUGAGAAUUUAAACAGAAUUGUACACACCACUAUGGAGUGGUUUAAAUAUAUAUUUUUGCACAGGUAUAUUCAUGUUGAAAUGCUUUGUGAUAACUAGUUAUUCGCUUCCUUUGUGGAUUAUACAGGGACAAAUGUUACAAUAGCAGGGAAGACAGUAUUACUAAAACAGAUGUAAUAACUUUUAUGGAUGUCAAGUAAACAAAUGCAACUA